AUGGUCAAGCACACUUACGCAAUAGGAGAGAGAAGGAGAGAGAGAGAUGAGAGAGAGAGAGAGAGAGAGAGAGAGAGAGAGAGAAAGAAAAGAAAAUCAAGAAAGAAAAAGAAGAAAAGAGAAAAAGAGAGACGGAAGGGGAAGAAGAACCAAGAACUUGAUAAUUCUUACUUCUACGGACCUUCCUUCUGCCUUACCUCAUAG